AUGUCUCCUCCACCCAUAGCCGUCUCUGCGCCAGGCAAGGUCCUCUUCGCGGGCGGGUUCCUGGUCCUUGACCGCCAACACACCGGACUUGUCUUUGGACUGAAUGCCCGGAUCCAUGCCAUAGCAAGGCAACGACCAAGUGCGUCCUCAGCCGAACCUGCACGAGGCGACCUAAACGCCAAUGAGCACACCGGCCUCGUGGAGGUGGAGUCGCCGCAGUUCAGGGACGCACGGUGGCUGUACAGGGUAGGCUUCGGGGGGUUUCUGGCGGGAGGCAACGAUGCGGCGGCCGUGCAGGUCGAACAGGUGCGUGAUCGGGAGGAGGCAGGGUUCACGGCCAGUGGCAACAAGUUCGUGGAGACGACGCUACGGUACGUUUUGACUUAUGUGGCGAGAGGGGUUGUGCCAGGGGGAAACGAGGGUAUUUGGGCGAGGGGGCCUGUCAAGGUGACCAUCCUGGCGGAUCACGAUUACUACUCUCAGCCUGCGAACUCGGGCGCCCUCUCUCUCGUGCAAGGGCAGUCAUCUUCAGGAACUGGUGAGUGGAGGGACUUUAACGUGCGGCUCAGUGAGGCGCACAAGACGGGCUUGGGUUCUUCAGCCGCGCUGGUCACGUCGCUUGUUUCGGCGCUUCUGGCCUGGUAUUUGCAGAAGAGGGAGUUUGGCGAUGAGACGCCGCUGAGUCAACGCACAGUCCACAAUCUGGCCCAGGCUGCGCAUUGCGCUGCUCAGGGCAAGGUCGGUUCGGGAUUCGAUGUGGCGGCCGCGGUCUACGGGUCAUGUCUUUAUCGGCGGUUUACGCCUACGAUCCUUGAGAAUGUCGGAGAGCCGACGAGUGCUGGUUUCGGGGAGCGACUGCACCUCUGCGUGGACGACUUGCACCGCGAUUCGAAAUGGGAUGUCGAAGUUGCGAGUCAAGCGGUGCGGAUCCCACAGAGUCUGUUGCUGGUCAUGUGUGAUGUGGACUGUGGAUCCGAAACGCCGGGGAUGGUGAAGAAGGUUCUACAGUGGCGGAAGGAGAGGACCGACGAGGCGACUUUACUGUGGAAUGCGUUGCAACAGGGUCAGGAAGAGUUGUGUCGCGAGUUGAGGCAGCUGGCGGCUGUCGAGGCCGUCGACAGUGAUUUCACGGCAUUGAGGGAUAUCAUCCUCACGAUCCGCAGUCUCGUGCGCGAGAUGUCUGUGAAGUCCGGAGUACCUAUUGAACCGCCUGUGAUUACCGAGUUGUUGGACUUCUGCUCGUCGAUACCAGGCGUGGUUGGAGGAGUUGCGCCUGGGGCGGGCGGAUACGAUGCUGUCGCCCUGCUUCUGAGGAAUGACCCUGGUGUCCUCGAGACUUUGCGAGCUAGGCUCGAGGGAUGGAAGAGUCAAGAUGAUACGGGCGCAGAGAUUGGGAAUGUCAAGUUAUUAGGCGUCAAGCAGGAGAAUGACGGCGUCAGGAUUGAAGACGGGGACCGUUAUCGCGGCUGGACCGAUUAG